AUGACUGAAUAUGAGCUGAGGGUCCUUGAUACAAUAGAGUCGAAGGAGUACAUUUCGACGGACCUUUUGGAGCUCGAGAUCGAUAUUCCUGAUCAUAUGCUUCCUCCGAAUCCCGAUGAACAUGAUAAGCUCCCGUCGCAUACUCAUCCGUCCUAUCCGUACGGAAAUCCUACUAGACUCAGUCAUCCUGCGGCACAGCAAAGAGUCAUACACGAUGCUACGGCACGCUCCGUUCUCCUUGGUAUGAGCACCCCCGGCGGGGGAAUGGAUGCAUUAAAAUGGAAAGAGCUGGCGCUGUCUGAAUUGCUGCCCAUUGAUGAAGCAAAAGAGGAGGCCGAACAAGCCUCAGAGGCUAGAAAAAUGGCAAGCGGGGCCUCAGCUAACAAUCCACCGCCUCAGUAUGAACAAACUCCGAUGAUAGUUGCGGCUGGUCCUCCCGAGGAGGAGGAGGAUGAGGAGGAUGAGGAAGACGAGGAGGAAGAUGAUGAAGAUGAAGAGGAAGUGGAGGGGGGGGAGGAAGAGGAGAACGAAGAGGAAGAAACGGACGAGGAGGAGGAAUGA